CAAAUACUUACACAAGGCAUAAUUGGAUUAAAUACUUAAAUUAGAUUUUCACUGCACACUGGGUGUAAAUUACAUUAGCAAAUCCGUCAGCCGACAAACGACGUAACGGGUCGUAUCGCGAGAAAGAACGAGAACAUGGAAACAAGACAACAAAAAUAAAUUUGUGGACAACAAGCCAGAGUGCAUGAUGGCGGCGUCGCUGCUGCGCCGGGACAAGAAAGCCACUGCCACCCACUUGAAGGCAGACUUAAAUCGGACUGACAAUAGCUCCGGGGUCCGACAACUACAGGAGCUGCUCGACGCUGUACUGAAUCCUGAAAUAUCAGCGGCGGACACGGAGGCUCUUGACUGGUGUAAAUGUCUAAUUGCAGGAGGCGAAGGUUUCGAGGAGUUCUGCAAAACGGUCCGGUCCUAUGACAACGCGACUCUGUGCGGCUUGGUCUGGACGGCUAAUUUCGUGGCAUAUCGAUGCCGGACCUGUGGCAUCUCCCCGUGCAUGUCACUGUGUGCUGAGUGUUUUAAUAACGGAGACCACACGGGCCAUGAUUUCAACAUGUUCCGGAGCCAGGCUGGUGGGGCCUGUGACUGUGGAGACAGUAAUGUCAUGCGAGAGAGUGGGUUUUGCAGACGGCAUCGGUUGAGAACAGGGGAGAAUAUCCCAUCAAUACCUCGAGACCUUCUCUUGAUGUCCGAGAUGGUUCUUCCUCGCUUUAUCCUGUGCAUCAUACAGUAUCUGAGAGAUGGCUAUAUUGAGCCAGGUGAAAACACUCCCGACAACCACGUCUUCACUUUACAAAGAUACACCUCAAGCGAGAGAGAUCUACAGAAAGUCCUGCAGCAGCUGGACCCUCAGAUCUCCUUCCUGGAGGAGCUCACGAAAAUGGGAGGAGCAAUGAGGACUGUACUGACAAAAAUCUUGACCAAUCAGCAAACAUUCAAGGAGUUGAGCAUGGGCCAAGAGGAGAAUUUGUAUGCUAAAAAGAACUAUGACAAGUAUUUGUCAGCCUUGAAGAAUUCAGGUCUGGUGCCUGUGGAGGAGAAAGCACAAGGUGCUACUGCUGAUGUCACUGUUGGUGCUGAAGGAGGCGCAGGAGCAAUGGUCGUAUUGGGAUCCAGUGCACCAGGGAGCCCAGAUGAGUCUAAUAAAGAGGAGGACCAAGAUGCUGGGCAGUCUGUUGGGCAGAGGAAGAGGGUUAAGCUGAGCAGCAGUACCAAAGACCCGUGUAUUAUUGAAUCUCUGAAGCAUAAGUGCUUUCUGGAGGAGUUGCUGUUUUGGACGAUAAAAUAUGAGUUUCCUCAGAAGAUGGUCACCUUCUUACUAAACAUGUUGCCAGAUCAAGAUUACAAGAUCACUUUUACGAAAACAUUUGUUCAGCAUUAUGCAUUCAUCAUGAAAACACUGAUGAAAAGCCACGAGUCAGAUACCAUGUCCAACCGCAUUGUACAUAUUAGUGUGCAGCUGUUCAGCAAUGAGGAGCUGGCUCGUCACGUGACAGAGGAGUGUCAGCUGCUGGACAUCAUGGUCACUGUCCUCCUCUACAUGAUGGAGAGUUGCCUUAUUAAAAGUGAACUUCAGGAUGAAGAGAACAGUCGCCAUGUUGUGGUGAACUGCAGUGAGGCUCUGUUAAAGAACAAUACCUACUGGCCAUUAGUUAGUGACUUUAUUAACAUCCUCUCACACCAAAGUGUAGCGAAAAAGUUCCUAGAGGACCAUUCAUUGUUGAUGCUAUGGAUGAGCUUUGUGUCAUUUUUCCAAGGCAUGAACCUGAAUAAGCGGGAGUUGAAUGAACAUGUGGAAUUUGAGUCCCAGACGUACUAUGCAGCGUUUGCAGCAGAGCUCGAGGCCUGUGCACAACCAAUGUGGGGUCUCCUAACACACUGCAAAGUCAAAGAGACACAGGAAUAUACUAAAACUGUGGUACGCUACUGCUUAGAGACCCUGCAGAUCUGGUUUGAUGCCAUUGGCUUCGUUGAUGAGCCUGCUCCAAAUCAAGUGACAUUUCAUCUGCCACUGCACCGCUACUAUGCCAUGUUCCUCAGUAAGGCUGUAAAGUGCCAAGGCCUGGACCUGGACAGCCUCCUGCCUGACCAAGAGAUGCUGAUGAAGAUCAUGGUGCAUCCACUCCAGAUCCAGGCAUGCCUGUCAGAGAUCCACAGCAACAUGUGGGUCAGGAAUGGUCUCCAGAUAAAGGGACAGGCUAUGACCUACGUGCAGUCACACUUCUGCAACUCCAUGAUUGACCCAGACAUCUAUCUGCUCCAGGUUUGUGCAUCAAGACUAGAUCCUGACUACUUUAUCUCAAGUGUUUUUGAGAGGUUCAAAGUGGUUGACCUGUUGACCAUGGCAUCUCAGCAUCAGAACGCUGUGUUAGACUCUGAGCAGGAGCGACCGAUGCUUGAAGGAGCACUGACCUUCCUGGUAAUAUUGACGAGCCUUCGCACUCAUUUGGGGAUGACAGAUGACGAGAUCCUUCGGGCUGAGAUGGUCUCACAGUUGUGUAUGAAUGACCGUACACACAGCGCGCUGUUAGACCUUAUUCCUGAGAAUCCAAACCCAAAGAGUGGCAUUGUACCAGGGAGUUGUAGCUUUGAGGAGAUGCUCUCUGCUGUGGCUGACUUCAAAGCACCGGUGUUUGAGCCCGGAGGCUCCAUGCAGCAGGGCAUGUACACACCUAAAGCCGAGGUGUGGGAAAAGGAGUUUGACCCCAUCAUGGUCGUUCUAAGAACAGUCUAUCGGCGUGACGUCCAGUCAGCAAUGGACAGAUACUCAGCGUUUUUAAAACAGUCUGGCAUUCACACCGGCAACCCAUGGCCACCUUACAAGGAGAGGACUCCUCUGCAUCCGUGUUACAAAGGCCUAAUCAAGCUGUUGCACUGCAAGACGCUGCACAUUGUGAUAUUCACUCUCCUUUACAAGAUAUGGAUGGAUCAUCAGAAUAUGUCCGAGCAUGUGCUCUGCAUGGUGCUGUACCUGAUCGAGCUGGGCUUGGACAACCAGGUUCAAGACAGCAAGGAGGACGAGGAGCCUUGCAUUGAGGAGCACUGCCAUGACAGCUGGUUUCCUGGCAUCAACCUCCUCUCCAAUCUGCACCAUGUCAUUAACUUUGUGAGAGUUCGAGUUCCUGAGACAGCUCCUGAAGUGAAGAGAGAGCCCCCCCCAAGCACCAGCACUGAAGCUUCUUCUUAUGGCCAGAACCUGCGUGAAGCUCAGGUUUUCAGCCUUGUAGCUGAGCGCAGGAGGAAGUUCCAGGAGAUAAUCAACCGCAGCAACACUGAAGCCGCCCAGGUUGUCAGGCCCAAGAGCUCCUCAACACGCUGGGUCCCACCAGGCACACCCCCCCAGCUGGUGACAGAGAUCCUGGAGAUCCGGGAGAGCAUGCUGUCCCUCCUCAUCAAGCUCCACCAGAAGUUGUCGUCCAAGCAGAACUCUCUGUCAGCAUCGUGGCUAGAGGACAUGGACACAAGUCGUCACACUCAUGGAGAUGGCAUUACAGCUAUUGAGCGCAUCCUCACCAAGGCAGCCACGCGCAGCUGUCAAAUCAAGCGUAGCAUCCAGGACAUUUGUGGGAAGGCGUGUCCUCCUGUGCCACCAAAGAAGAACAGUCCCAGUGACAAGAAAACCAUGGAUAAAGAAGAGAGACGUCAGAGGGCGAGAGAGAGACAGCAGAAGCUGCUUGCUGAAUUUGCCUCCAGGCAGAAGAGUUUCAUGGAAACAGCCAUGGAUGUUGAAUCCCCCGACACUGAGGCCGCCAUGGACUUAGGAGCAUCUGAAGUGAUGGAGUCUGAGGUUCUUUAUGACUGCGUGAUCUGUGGCCAGAGCGGACCUUCCACUGAGGACAGACCCACUGGUCUAGUAGUUCUCCUCCAAGCAUCCUCAGUGCUGGGGCACCGCUGCAGAAGCAAAGAGCCUAAGAAUCUACCGACGAGUGAUGAGGAGCACAUCUACGCUGCAGACACGUGCGGAGUGGCUAAUGAUGUCAGGCUCACGCUCAUGCAGCGGUUCUUCAAAGAUAGUUCUUGUCUGCAGUCUGUGUCAAUAGGUUGGGAUGGGGGCGUGUACGUCCAGACCUGUGGGCACACUUUGCAUAUAGAUUGCCACAAGUCAUACAUGGAGUCUCUGAGGAAUGACCAGGUCCUCCAGGGUUUCUCCGUUGACAAAGGUGAAUUUACGUGCCCACUGUGUCGACAGUUUGCCAAUAGCGUCCUUCCCUGUCGCCCUGGGCGGGGAACAGAGGCUGGUGCCUGGCGCACACCCACGAACAAGAAGACGUACGUGCUUGUGAAGGAGGUGGAAGAUCUUCAGGAGAAACUUGGCCAUUUCCCAACUGAAUCAAACUUGAGCAAAGAGAUGGAGUUGGUCAUUAAAGACAUCAAGAAUACCACCCAGAAGAAAUACAUGGACUACGGAAAGAACCCUGGCUCCCCCGACAAUGAUUUCCUCUUCAUGUACUCUGUGGCAAGGACUAACCUGGAGUUGGAACUUGUGCACCGGGGAGGAAACUUGUGCUCUGGAGGGGCCAGUGCAGCUGCCAAACGCUCGUGUCUAAAUCAGCUGUUCCAUGUGCUGGCUAUGCACAUGCGUCUGUACAGCAUCGAUUCCGCCUACAACCCUUGGACUAAGCUGACUCAGGUCACACAAAGCAAAGAGGCAGAUGGUUUUGAUGAAGAGAGACCUGAGGUACCCAUGCUGUUUCGAGAUGUCCCAUCCCUCCUGAUUAUCUUUGUGCUAACGAUGCCACAGCCUCUGCGAAAAGAGCACUUUAACUGUGUGGUGAAGAUGCUGUACAACCUGCAGUUCGCCCAGGCUCUGGCUGCACUCUCAUCUAAGUUUAGCCCAGAAGAAAGGCAGGCCUGGAGCACAUCCGGAGCACUCAAGAAGAGUGCUGCAAAUGCUGAGAAGUCUUUUGAAGCGCUGCUCAGUCACAUUAUCAGUGAGCUGUCUAAGGACAAGAGUGUCUACAAGGUGAACGCUGACGAAACAUCAAUGCUGAUCUCCAGUGUGUGGUCCCCACAGUCUAUCGAGUUCAGCCUCCAGCAGUUCUGCCUGCCCUUCCUUCGCCUCUCCUGCCUUCUGCAGCAUCACCUCUAUGGAGACAACCUAACUAGCUGCCUGGAGGAGGAGGAGUUCUUGUCCUUGGCUGUGUGUCUCGGGCUCUUGCCGUCGGCUCCUCAGCUUUCCAACGUCGUGAACAGUGCCUCAUGUCUGAAGUGGACGGUCAGCGGCUUUGACUUGGUGACACAGUGGUGCGCUGAGGUCACAGGGCUCUCUCAGAUGCAGACUGAGCAAUCAUUGACCUUGCUUGUCCAGGAUCCUCAGUGGGCAGCCCCCCGCCUUCUCCAAUUACCUGACAACUACAAUAUCAUCUUCCAGUACUAUCACAGGAAGGCCUGCACUGCCUGCAAAAAAGUGCCAAAAGACCCUGCACUCUGCCUUGUUUGUGGAGCCUUCGUCUGUCUCAAAGGCGUGUGCUGCAAGCAGCAGGGUAUCUGUGAAUGUGUUUUGCACUCCCAACAUUGUGGCGCAGCUACAGGCAUCUUUCUACUGAUAAAUGCCUCAGUCAUCAUCAUCAUCCGUGGACAUCGUUUCUGCCUGUGGGGUUCUGUUUACCUUGAUGCCCAUGGAGAGGAGGACCGCGAUUUACGCCGUGGCAAGCCUCUCUUCUUGUGUGAAGAGAGGUAUCGAGUGUUGGAGCAACAGUGGGUUUCACACACCUUUGAUCACAUCAAUAAGCGUUGGGGCCCUCACUAUAAUGGACUCUAAGAUCUUCCAAAGUCCACUGAAAACAGCAACCCGUGACGGAGAAGAUUUUUAUUUCUGGUUUAUGUGUCUGCCUCGAUCAAAAUAUUUGGGAACUCUUUAACGUGAUAAACACAAACAUCCGGUGAGGGUAUUGCUGCCACAGCCUUGGUUCAUGUGAAGUUUGGUGUACAAUCAUGCCUAAAGAUUAACACGUGUGUGUGUUUAAGUGAUUUAUUGUGUGGUUUUCAACAGGGAAAAACAGAAUUUGGUAAGAUCAAAGUUAAAAGCACAACUUUGCCCAGAAAUUCAAUUGGUUUCAGACAGGCUUUUGAAGCCUGUCAUAUUUAUUUGGGGGGAGAUAUAUAUAUAUAUAUAUAUAUAUAUAUAUAUAUAUAUAUAUAUAUAAAGUGCUGAAUGUCCCAGCAAACUUUGAUUACUUUUUGCACCAUUUAUGAUGAUGUUAAUGCAUAUCCCUUUUUAUU